AUGAAGGUUUUGCUCUGUGAGCUUCUUUUUCUCUGCUGGUUAAAGGAGACAGAAGUUGUCAUCGGUCAAACUCCACCUGCAGGCGGACAGAAGACACGGGGAGCCUGUUCAGGUGUGUGUGUGUGUGUGUGUGUGUGUGUGUGUGUGUGUGUGUGUGUGGCUGGAGUUACAAAGGAGAUGCUGGCGCUGGAGACACUCACCAUCUGCCCCAUGGUGGUUGACACGGUGUCCGAGGUCACUGUGCUUCUGCUUCUUUUGCUUCUAAUGCUGCUCUUCACCGUCUGGAGCCGAGCACCACGGUCACAUAUACCAGGUCCUUCUUUCUUGGUAGGAAUCGGUCCUAUUCUCUCCCACGCCAGGUUCACCUGGACUGGGAUUGGAACAGCGUGCAACUACUACAACAUCAAAUAUGGCAGUAUCGUCCGGGUGUGGAUUAACGGCGAGGAGACCCUCAUCUUAAACAGGUCUUCAGCAGUGUAUCACGUUUUGAUGAGCCCCCACUACGUCGCCAGAUUUGGGAGCAAAAAGGGGCUGCAGUGCGUCGGGAUGGAAGGGAGGGGGAUCAUUUUCAACAGUGAUGUCCCACUCUGGAAAAAAGUGAGGACAUACUUUUUUAAAGCCCUGACAGGUCCCGCCCUCCAGAGGACAGUGGCGAUUUGUGUGAGCUCCACUGCGAAACACCUGGACAGCCUGCAGGAGAUGACUGACUCCUCUGGUCAUGUGGACACUCUCAAUCUGCUGAGAGCCAUAGUGGUGGACAUCUCCAACAGGCUCUUCCUCAGGGUGCCGCUCAAUGAGAAGGACUUGCUGAUGAAAAUCCAAAACUACUUUGAGACCUGGCAAACAGUUCUAAUAAAGCCUGAUAUAUUCUUCAAGAUUGGGUGGCUCUACAACAAACAUGAGAGAGCAGCCCAAGAGCUGCAAGAUGUGAUGGAGAGCCUUCUUGAAAUUAAAAGACAGAUUAUUAACGAAACUGAGAAGUUGGAUGACGACCUCGACUUUGCAACAGAGCUCAUCUUUGCACAGAACCACGGAGAGCUUUCAGCAGAUAACGUCCGGCAGUGCGUGCUGGAGAUGGUGAUUGCAGCGCCUGACACACUUUCCAUCAGCCUCUUCUUCAUGCUGAUGCUGCUGAAACAAAACCCAGACGUAGAGUUGAGGAUUGUCGAGGAAAUGAACGCCGUCUCGAGUGAAAAAUGUGCUGAAAAUAUUCACCAUCGAAGCUUAAACGUGCUGGAGAGUUUCAUCAACGAGUCUCUGAGGUUUCAUCCCGUGGUUGACUUCACCAUGCGAAAAGCUCUGGAGGAUGACAUCAUCGACGGCAUUACAAUCAGGAGAGGAACCAACAUCAUUCUCAACAUUGGUCUCAUGCAUAAGACGGAAUACUUCCGCAAACCAAAAGAGUUCAGCCUGUCGAACUUUGACAAACCUGUGCCCAGUCGUUUCUUCCAGCCCUUCGGCUGCGGGCCUCGGUCGUGUGUGGGCAAACACAUCGCCAUGGUGAUGAUGAAGGCCAUCCUGGUGACACUGUUGUCUCGGUACACAGUGUGUCCUCGUCGAGGCUGCACCCUCAACAGCAUCAGGCAGACCAACAACCUGUCGCAGCAGCCUGUGGAGGACGAGCACAGCCUGGCCAUGCGCUUCAUCCCUCGAGCCGAAUCUGAAACGGAGUGAUGCUGCAGGUUUCGCAUUAAAACUACUGUGACGUAUUGUAGACGUUCAAGUGUGUAACUGCAGAAAUGAAGGAGUAAGCAGUAAUUUGAGCUGUAAAUAUGCUCUUACACUCUUCACAAUCCUCUUAGAGAAAGAAAACAUUACAUUUGUGUGUUACAGCAGAUGUUUUUUUUUCCCCUUCAAUGACAUAACUGUGCUUUGAGGAAAACAGUUUGAGAAUUCAUCCAACACAAAGCAGUGCAUGGAUUUUCUUACCCAUGACACCUAAUGAAAAACCAGUUAACACGGUACCAGUUUGUUUCGUCAUGACAGGAACACCAGCAAUACAGACUUGUACUUGGUGAGCACAAGUCACGGUGAGGGCGAGACAAACAUCUGCAUGCUUUGAUUGUCUACAGCUCUCCAUUGUUGUUGGAGGCAGUUUUAUUGUGUUCACUGACAGUUUACACGUUUUUAAUCAAAGUAACAAUAUGGUUUAGUAAGUACCAUUGGUACACCAUGUUAGAAUUUCAGCACAGAGUCUACGUAUGUUCUAUAUUAACUAAUUGCGUUGUGCAAGAUGUAACCUAAAUUCUGCGACUAUGACGCCCCGAGACAGCCUUGGCUAACCAUCGACUGUCCCGGCCUGCGACGACUCUCUGAGAAGAGAGGAGAGAAUUUCCUUUACAUUAAUGUGAUGUAAUCUGAUGAGGUGAGUUAAGAUACAUUAUCUUUAAUUAUCCCCUAUUGACUGUAUUUAUCAUGGCAAAUCUAUACAGUAAAGUUGACGUAUUUUUCUUUUCUUCUGAGACAUUGAGACGUGUGUAUGGAAAUGUGGAUUGUGCUAGAGGGAAACAAAAUCAGUAUAGGAGCAAUGUUAGUAAUGCUUUUUUUUAGAUAUGAACAUGUAUUUCUUUUUUACAUUUUGUACAAGCUUAAAGUAACCAUCAUUAAUCCAAUAUUUUUUCUCAUGUAGCAAAUAUUAAAAACAGACCAGUAUGAGAAGAAAGAGCAGAAGAAAAUAUUCACACAUUUAAUAGUGUCCUUCUUUUCCUCAUGUCCAACACAUUACCGCCUGUACUUUAAUAAACAAUCUUGGACCCAGAGUCAAGUUCAUUUA